AUGACACCAACAACAGACAGCCUCUGCCUUUACGCUCUGCUGAUUCCUCCCAUCUUCGGCUUGAUUUGGGCCGCCUAUCAGGCCUGGGACCUUUCCAAAAUCAAGUUGGAGGGGCCUGUGCGGGCAGAGGACAAGCCCCUCACUGACCCCCUCUAUGUAGAGGCUGCUGGUAAUCUGCAGGAGCAGCUGGCUUCUAUGAAGGCAAUAUCGACGAGCAUUGCAGAGGUGACAAUGCUGAGCUUUCUGCUGGGAGCGGCGACUUCACUGCUCUGCGGCUAUUUGAGCAUGAAGAUUGCGGUAUUUUCGAACGUGAAGACGUGUCAUCAAACAUGGCUGGACUUGGGCUUGGGCUUCAACACGGCACUCAAGGCAGGGGGAGUUAUGGGCUUUGCAGUUGUCUCUUUCACUCUCCUCAGUCUUCUUUCUCUUAUUCUUUUCUUCCGUUUGGAAUCCCUCUUCGGCACGGAUCCGCAGUCGCAGCCGCGCCUCUUUGAAACCCUUGCAGGGUAUGGUUUGGGGGGUUCAUCUAUAGCGUUAUUUGCUCGCGUUGGAGGCGGCAUUUACACGAAGGCUGCCGAUAUUGGAGCAGACUUGUCGGGAAAAAAUGCCUACGGCUUUGCAGAAGAUGACCCGCGCAAUCCUGCGUGCAUCGCCGAUAACGUUGGUGACAACGUAGGGGAUGUUGCAGGAAUGGGUGCAGAUUUGUUCGGUUCUCUGGCAGAGGCUACUUGUGCUAGCUUGGUGCUAGCCAGCGCUCCUCCCGUUUCUUACAUAUUGAACAGCAGCAGCAGCGGCAACGCCGUUAGUGUGGAUGGCGGGGUUGUUGCGGGUGCUGCUGCUGCGGGUGCGGGUGCGGGUGCUGGUGCAACAGGAGCCGAAGAGUUGUCGCAGCAUUUCUCCAGCUUGAUGUUUCCACUUAUUGUUUCUUCUUCUGGAAUUCUAGGGGGUUGGCUGACUCUCUGGUUAGUGCGCCGCUUCUACCCAGUUCGGGGCUUUGACGAUGUUGAGAAGACGCUUAAAGCGGUUCUUUUCAUUGGUACGUCGCUGCAGACGCCACUGGUAGCUGGUGCAGCCUUCCUCUUUCUUCCGGCCGAAUUCACGUUGCAGAACAAAGGCUCAGCAGCGGCAGCAGCCGCAGGAGAAGUGUUGAUAGCGCAGCAAUGGAAAGCAAUGCUGUGUGUGCUGCUGGGCUUAUGGGUGGGACUCUGCAUCGGCUUGACUACGGAGUACUACACGUCUCAUUCUUAUAAACCCGUGAGGGAAAUCGCAGCAUCUCAGCGCUUGUCAGCAGCAACAGGAAUCAUAUAUGGUCUCGCUCUGGGCUACCUCUCGGCAUGCCUGCCGGUGCUCAGUCUAGCAGCCUGCGUCUGUGCAGCACAGGCGCUCUGCGGAGUAUAUGGAGUUUCCCUGGCUGCUCUCGGCAUGCUUUCUAUUCUUCCCCUCUGUCUUAUGAUUGACGCCUUCGGACCCAUCAGUGACAACGCAGGAGGCAUUGCUCAAAUGGCUGCUCUCGAUGCAGAAGUACGAACGAAGACAGAUGCACUCGAUGCUGCUGGCAACACCACUGCAGCCGUCGGCAAGGGUUACGCAAUAGGUUCUGCAGCGCUGGUAUCGUUGGCUUUGUUUUGCGCGUACACUGUACGUGCCGAUAUCAGUGCAGUAGAUCUACUAGAGCCGUGGAGUUUCAUGGGUUUAUUACUGGGUGCAAUGCUACCAUACCUCUUCAGUGCCUUAACAAUGAAGAGUGUCGGGCGUGCCGCCAAUGAAAUGGUGGCAGAAUGCAUGCAGCAAUUCCCACAGAUUCUUGAGGGCUCUCUUGAGCCUCAAUAUAAACGAUGUGUUGCAAUUUCUACAAAAGCUUCGCUAAAAGAAAUGCUUAAACCAGGAGCACUUGUUAUUUGCUCUCCUAUAAUUGUCGGAGUCACUUUCGGAAAAAAUUGCACCGCUGGACUUCUUGCAGGAAUUCUCGUCUCAGGAAUUCAACUUGCCCUAUCCAUGGCCAACUCUGGCGGAGCUUGGGACAAUUCUAAGAAAUAUAUCGAGUCAGGGGCCCUGGGUACAGAAGAAGGGAAGGGCUCAGCAACACAUAAGAAUGCAGUUACUGGUGAUACAGUAGGCGAUCCAUUAAAAGAUACAAGCGGGCCCUCAUUAAAUAUAUUAAUUAAACUUUCUGCAAUUAUUUCUCUUAUUUUUGGUUCCCUUAUUGCAAAUCAUUUCUCUAAUGCAGAUGGGGGCCCCUUCUGGUUGUAG